AUUGCUAUCUUUCGCUGUUUUAUUUUUAUCACUGAGUAUUCUUGUACCAACAUUGUUCCUUGUAAUUCACCUGUAAACUAAGGAAAUGAUUCAUUCAGUACAUAAUUCAGUCUUCAGUUAUUUUACCUAGUCUGUAAACUGUUGAAAAAUGCGUAUCCUGAACCGAGUUUUAUUCCUACCUCGAAAACAACUCGCUUUCCAACAGCUCAACACCGUCGCAAGAUCUCAUCGUUUACCAUUACCAGCCUCACCGGAGCCCAAAAAUACCAACAUCUUUGUCCUUCUUCGCAGACCGUAUUCGACUUCGAAGAAACCUGAAAACAAACUAGUCGAGAAUGUAUCCGGAGAACAGAAAGCUGUCCAAACAACGGUAAUUGAAAAUAUCAAAGAAACUACAAAAACAGUUUCGUAUUUAGGAUUCGUUCUAGUCGGAUUCAGUAUCGGACUUUCAGUCAUCUUUGCCAUCUGUUACGAACUGUUCUCCGGUAAAAGUCCGAAUAAGAUUUACUCUAAAGCAUUUGAUUACGUGUCGAAAGAUUCGAGAAUACAGAACGUCAUAGGUGAUCAAAUUAAAGGAUUUGGUGAAGAAACACGACGCGGACGAAGAAGACAUAUCGCUCACGUUUCGUAUCAAAAAGACGGCAUGAAUUUAUUACGAAUGAAAUUCUACAUCAAAGGUAAUCGUGAGAGUGGUACUGUGCAUUUGGAGAUGUUCGAGAACGAGAAAGGAAAGUACGAAUAUCGUUAUCUGUUUGUCGUUACCGAUGGUGUGAAUCCUAAAAGUAUCAUUUUGGAAGAUAAUAGAUAUAAGGCUAGUGCUACGGCUCAAGGUAAUGCUGUAGCUUUCCCAGCUCUCAGUACGGAUUUACCAGAGCUAGAUCUUUCGUCUAAGUAAUGUCAAAAUGUAAAUAUUUUGUAUUAUAUUUGUAGGUUAAAUACUUUCAGUUUAUUUUGAUAUAUUUGUAAUUAAUUAUCCGGAUUAAGUACUUAAUUGUGUUUCAUUGUACCUACCGUUUUUUUUUUGUUUUUUUUUUUUUUCUAAUGGAACUCCAGUGAUACAAUUUGUGCUUGUAGAGUUAACCUACAUCUACUUAGUAAUUUUAUUACUCUCGAUGACAUUUCCUCGAAAUACGAAAUGUAAUUUAUUUGAAAAAAUAAAAUUUCUUGAAAGAUGA